UGGGUGUUUGAUUUUCACAAAUUCUUACUAGAAUUGAACUCAAUGCGAAUACAAGGAACUCUCCCAAAUUCCUCAAUCUCAUCAUCCAUUCACAAUCUUAAUCCUUUCAAAUACAACCUUAAUUUGUUGAGUAAUCGUCAUUUGUCUGUUACCCUUUUACUAUCUUUCUCAAUUUCAUCCGUUUUUACAAGGAAUAAAUCCACCAUGAUUGCAGCCAGCAGUAGCAACCAUGGGGGAGGAGCUUUUACAACACUUGCUGAGAGAAUAACAUACGAGAAAGAGAUUAAAAAGAGCAAAUUCAUUGCCAUUGCUACUCCAAUUUUCAAUGAACAAUCUGCUAAUUCGUUCUUAUCUGAGGUUCGAGAUAAUCGUGCCUCUCACAAUUGCUGGGCAUAUAAGAUUGGUGAUCAAUAUAGAUCUAGCGAUGAUGGUGAACCAUCAGGUACUGCGGGCAAACCUAUAUAUACAGCAAUUGCUUCUUCCGGUAUUGAUAGAGUCAUGGUAGUUGUGAUUCGGUAUUUUGGCGGUAUCAAACUAGGUACCGGAGGACUUGUUAGAGCAUAUGGUGGGGUCACAUCAGAUUGCUUGAAAAAUGCACCAACUUGUCUAGUGAAAUCAAAAGUUCUUAUGGGUGUGGAGGUUUCCUUUGAUCUUUUGGGGCUUCUAUACCAUCAGCUCCAAUCUUUUGAAGCAGCUGAUGUUAAGCAAGAUUACGAAACUGGUAAAGAUGAUACAGCAAUGGUGACUUUUAAAAUUGAUUUUGAUAAAGCUGACAGUCUAGAAGAUGCUAUCAAAGCUAGUUGUGGCAGGGAUAUUGUAUUUUUUAAAAAAUGAAAUGCGUUGUCGGAGUUUGCAUUGGCAUCUAAUGACUAACUAGAGCGAUUGGCGGAUAUGUCAAGAUUCUCCUUCAAUAGGAACUGCAAAGUGGGCAUCAUGUCUCUUUGAAAAUCUAUUUUUCUAUGAGCAACAGCAAGUUGGUACGAAUUAGUUUGCCAUAUUUAUGGUUAUUGCCUCACCUUUUAAGUUUUAACAUAUAUUACUUGUACAUAUUGUUAUUUUUACAUAAAUGGAAUUUGCUCCCUAUUUUAAAUAAUUGAAUUUAAUUUUUUCUGUC